CAGGGGUUUGGAUGCUGCGCGUAGACACUGAGGUUGUAGCGGGUUGUCCUUAGCCGGUGAAGUCUGGAUAUCUCAGCUUAAUGCAUGGAGGGCAUGGGCUACACGUAAACCAGGGCAGACAGUCUUCAGAACAAUACUUGGAUGGGUGUCAAUCAAGCGUGUUCCUAGGAGUAUAAUCAACCGAGAUGUCUUGAAGAUGUUAAACUGACAGACGCCACUAGGAGUCAUUUCUAGAAGCAACCUAUCUUUAAUUGAAAGAGGUGUUUUGUAGACGGAUAUGGACUGCAUCAAGCUACAGUACAGCAUGCUACCCGCUUGAAGUAUUCUUUCACUGCAAAAUCAUUCAACAGCCAAUAAAAAUGGAAGUGUUUUAGUUUGGCUCCUGCUCCUGGACGAGCAGCAUCACCAUAUGAUCACAUGACUUUGGAUAUGGACGCAGUCCUGUCAGACUUUGUUCGGUCCACAGGGGCUGAGCCAGGUCUGGCAAGGGACUUGCUAGAAGGAAAAAACUGGGACCUAACGGCAGCGCUAAGUGACUAUGAACAGCUCCGACAGGUGAACACUGCAAAUUUGCCUCAAGUUUUUAACGAAGGCAAAUAUUACAAGCAGCAGGAGAGAGAAAUUACUCAGCACGUCAACAAGAUCGAGAGACCAAUUCUCCAAAGACAGGAUGACAUUGCUCAAGAAAAGAGACUUUCCAGAGGUAUUUCCCAUGCAAGCUCUGCAAUUGUCUCUCUGGCUCGGUUGCAUGUAGCCAACGAAUGCAGCAGUGAGCCAUUUCCUCUAGAGAUGCCCAUUUAUACAUUCCAACUUCCAGACCUCAGCGUGUACAGUGAGGACUUCCGAAGCUUCAUAGAAAGGGAUUUAAUUGAACAGUCAACAAUGGUGGCCUUGGAACAAGCAGGGAGGUUAAACUGGUGGUCAACAACAUGCUCAAGUUGCAAACGUCUUCUGCCUUUAGCCACAACAGGAGAUGGGAAUUGCCUCCUCCAUGCUGCCUCUUUGGGAAUGUGGGGGUUCCACGACAGAGACCUAGUCCUGAGGAAAGCACUUUACGCAAUGAUGAGAAGCGGAGCCGAGAGGGAAGCCCUGAAAAGAAGGUGGAGGUGGCAACAGACACAGCAGAAUAAAGAGUCUGGACUGGUAUAUACAGAAGAUGAGUGGGAGCGGGAGUGGAACGAGCUACUAAAGCUGGCAUCCAGUGAACCUCGGACACACUUCAGCAAGAAUGGAGGCUCUGGUGGUGGAGUUGAUAAUGCAGAAGACCCGGUGUAUGAGAGUUUGGAAGAAUUCCAUGUGUUUGUCUUGGCCCAUAUCUUAAGAAGACCAAUUGUUGUAGUUGCAGAUACAAUGCUUCGAGACUCAGGGGGAGAAGCGUUUGCACCUAUCCCAUUUGGAGGAAUAUACUUACCUCUUGAAGUCCCACCUAACAGAUGCCAUUGUUCACCUCUGGUCCUAGCCUAUGAUCAAGCUCAUUUCUCUGCACUUGUGUCCAUGGAGCAAAAGGAUCAACAACGUGAACAAGCUGUUAUUCCUCUAACGGAUUCCGAACAUAGGCUUCUACCUUUGCACUUUGCUGUGGAUCCUGGCAAGGAUUGGGAAUGGGGUAAAGAUGACAACGAUAACAUCAAGUUGGCCAGUCUGAUCCUGUCUCUGGAGGCUAAGCUGAACCUUUUGCACAGCUACAUGAAUGUAACUUGGAUACGGAUACCCUCGGAAACACGGGCUCCUCUGGCCCAACCAGAAUCUCCAACUGCUUCUGCAGGAGAAGACGUACAGUCAUUGGCAGACUCCAUGGACUCCGACAGAGACUCCGUUUGUAGUAAUUCCAAUGUCAACAAUGGUAAAAACGGGAAAGAAAAAGAAAAGGAAAAACAAAGGAAAGAAAAGGAAAAGAACAGAACAGAUUCUGUGGCAAAUAAGCUUGGUAGUCUCAGUAAAACACUGGGUAUAAAGCUUAAGAAGAACAUGGGGGGUCUUGGAGGUCUCGUUCAUGGAAAAAUUAGUAGAGCUAAUUCAAGCAAUGGGAAAAGUGGGGACUCAGCUGAAAAAGGGAAAAAGUCUAAGUCUCGUAAAGGAAGCAAAGAGGACUCUGGGCAGUCUGCCAGCACAUCCCCUUCCGAGAAGACAACUCCAUCACCCACAGACAAAGUUAGCAUAUCUCCCAUUGAGAAACUAGCCAACAGAUCACUUUCAGAUAAUAAGUCAGACUCCUGGAAAUAUAGCACAGAUGUUAAACUCAGCCUUAAUAUUUUAAGAGCUGCCAUGCAAGGGGAGCGUAAGUUCAUCUUUGCGGGACUCCUUCUCACUAGUCACCGGCAUCAGUUUCAUGAGGAGAUGAUUGGUUUUUACCUGACCAGUGCCCAGGAACGUUUCAAUGCUGAACAGGAGCAAAAGAGGAAAGAGGUGGAAAAGAAGGCUGUUAUAAAUGGGUCAUCCUGUAGGAAGCUGGAUCAGGAUGGGUUUGUGAAGGAGAAACUGGAAUCCUCUCCUCAGGAAAGGGCAUCACCAAUCUUGCCUCAAAGCCAUACAACGCAGUUAGUUCUAAAACUGAAGGAUCGGUCAAGUCCAGUCCCCUCAUCUUACCCCUCCCCCAGCAAUGGUGCUAAGAAAAGUGGUCCUACACCAGUGUCUGCUCACUACAGCCAUACACCUCCCGUCCAAAGGCAAAGUGUUAUCCAUUUACAUGAUGUCAAUUCCAAGCCGUCGGGCUUCCAAGAUGACCCUUAUAAGCCUGUAGUUGGCUCCUUAAAAACUUGUGCAACGUAUCCCCAACAGAAUCGCUCAUUGUCUUCACAAAGCUAUAGUCCAGCUCGGUUAUCGGGCAUACGCACAGUGAACACGGUUGAAUCUCUUGCAUAUGACAAAGCCUCAGAGCAUAAAUCUCAGACGUAUACAAACGGUUUCCACUCUAGUGAUAUCAGAGACUGCUUAGAAUAUGCUGAUGAGGAAUCUUCUCAAACAUGGUUGAACAAUGACAAAAACAGCAGGGGUAGGAGCAUAGUCUGCCCUAUGUAUUCACUUCACCAGAGCAGGUGUAAGAAGGAGAAUUGCUCCUUUUAUGGGCGACCUGAGACUGAAAACUACUGCUCUUACUGCUAUAAAGAGGAGUUAAAGCGCAGAGAAAGGGAAAGCAAGGUGCACAGGCAUUGAAUGGUAUAAAAGGUCCUUACCGCUUAGAUCUACCAUUUUCUACAUUCAACAGUUCAAUACUAAACUCACUUUAAUUGCAAUGGAACAAAAUAGCCAAAAUACAAGACACAACACCUCCACUUGGCUUCUGUAAAGAUCAAACAUUUGAAGGUCGACAGUAAUGGAAGGGAUAUAAAGCCUCUCUUAGUCUUUCUCUGGUCCUCUUCAUAUAUCAAGCCGAAAGGUUGUUUAUGUUGUAGUCAGUGUUGUGUGUGUGGUCAUUAAUAACUAAGGUGCCUGACUUUUUGCUAUCACUCAGGUAAGUUGAAAGGAACAUUGAUUUUUUUCUUAAUAUCUGGUCUUCGUUUUGUACAGCCAAAACUCCUGUUCGUUUUAAAGUGCUUUGGCUAUCAUGAUUAUUAGUUUCAUAAAAAAAGAAAAAGAAACAUACAUUUAUACAUUUUACAGAAAAUGUGUUUUGUAAUUCUGUCUUACAUUGUAGACAUUAUGGUGAACAGAGAUGAUAAAAUGAUCUUGGGCAAA